AUGGAACUCGUUUUAUCAUCAACACCCGAAGGAAUCGAGCUACGACGAAACCCAAGUUUAUUUAAAAUGAGCUUAAUAAAAAAUAUAUAUUUACAAAUGCUUGAAAAAUGGUUCAAGGGAAUUUUAUGCGGUGUGAAAGAUGCGGAUUUGAUUAUUCUGUCCAUUGGAUCUCUUGUAGCUGGAUUAAGUUGCAUGGAAAAAUUUCCGAACACAAAAGCAAUCGGAAUCUACACAUUUCCUUCAUUGCGAACAGCUGAAUUUUCUCCACCGGGUUUCGGUGGAAAAAGUGAAAGUAUGUUUGGUUGGAUCAAUACGAUGAAAUGGAAAAUGUUUGAGCAUGUUUCGUUUAAUAUGUAUAAUAAUGAAAUCAAUCAACUUCGUGCCAGUAUCGAUUUGCCACCAAUUAAAGAAAGUGUCCCACAUAGUUGGUUAUUUUUGAACAUGUCAGCAGCGAUUCAUCAUGGUGGUGUUGGAACGACACAUGCAAGUCUACGUUAUGGCUUACCUACAUUAAUAUUACCGUUUGGAGCUGAUCAACCAUUUAAUGGCGAUCGGAUAUUCAUCAAUAAGCUAGGACCUAGAUAUAUUCUAAUACGCGAGACAAAUGUGAAGAAUUUGAGCAAAGCAAUUCAUGAUCUUAUGGUCGAUAACUAUAAGAUGUAUGUGAUGAAUGCCAAAAGAAUUAGUGAAUUGAUUAAGAACGAAGAUGGACUUGGUCAUUGUGUUCAACUUAUUGAAGCAGAACUGGCAACAUGA